GCAUUUUCCAUAACGGAAAUAGAUCUAGAUCUAGAUUCUACAGUGUUUACAAACCAAGUAAAAUGCCGUAAAAAAAAAAAAAGUAAUUCUAGAUCUAGAUCUACUAUAUUGUCUAUAUCUAGAAAAUAGAAUAAAGAUCUAUUGCUAGUGAAUUACUAGUGCUCGUCUACAAUAUUUUCUAAACACAAUAAAAAAUAAAGGCUUACAACUACAGUGAUGUGUAUGUUUUUAAAACGCCCAUUUGAUUUUGAGGCACUUGUCAUGAACUUAUGAUGAAGUUGGCGACUGGAAAAUUGCCUUUUGCUACUUUAAAUACAAAUGAACGAAAUUCUGUGUUACAGCCAAUAGAACUAAUGAAUGUCAUUAUUGAAGAGCCUCAAAUCAAGCUUCCUAUGGGCCAGUUUUCUCAAAAUCUAAUUGACUUUGUUAAUAGAUGCCUUCGCAAAAUGCCAGCGUUACGACUCUCAGGGCAGGAUUUGUUACAGUGUCCAGAUCAAAACAGACAUCAGUUUUAGAACAAGCAAGGAAACAAAUAAAAUGCUUAGUCAUCCAUUUAUGCCCAGUCAACAAAGUUUAAUACCUUCUGUCAUCUCUCAACUUGUUUUCACCAAAAAACAAUUUUUAAAUAACUCCUAGUAGUCACAUCAAAUUUACAAGUGGAAGAGAAACAUGCAAGAUGAACCAGUGUCUAGGAAAACAUAUACAGUUUUAUUCUUUGAGUCAUGGCUUACAAAAGACACGAGCCCCUUGGACUACUUAUAAACAUUUCUGCUCUAAACACAUCCACACGAAGACGUAUGUGGUGGGGAAACAUACAUUUGGGCUCUUGGGACAUAAACAGCCUAGCAGACUUAAGUACAACUUAUAUGCCGCUACAGGCAUUAAGAAAAAUAAGUCCUAGCAGGAUGUAUGAUAAUAUACAGAUUUCUUCUACAAGCACACACCACAUAUUAAACCAAAUAUUGGCAAGGUGGAACAACUCUGUUACAUAUAAAUAGUUAGUAAUACCUGGGGAAAUAUGUAUGUUUCUGUUGUAAGCACAAAGAAUCAAAUGACUUAAAACAGUGAUGCCCAAAAUACGGCCCGUGGGCCAGAUUCGGCCCGCGACGUGGUUCCAUCCGGCCCGCCGAAAUGUCUGCACAAAGUGUAGAUAACCUCUACCCCCCUCCCCUUAAAGAAAAGGUUGAAAAAUGUCUCUUUACCUACGGGCCCUCAAUUUUUCUCCGCUUGAUUGGUACCAUGACUAACAUCUGUGCGUAACUUUAUGAGAUUGGACUCUUAGUGUAGAAUUUUAAAAACGUAAGGACGUUUACUUUGUGGCAGAACAUGAUAAUAAGCCAAUAUAUAUUUGAGUUGUCUAUAAAGAGUGUGGCUGUAUUAAAAAAAACAAAAAGGAAAAGCAAUUAUAAAACACGUGACGUCAUUGGAAUCAAAAGAUAGUUAAACUACGUCUAGAGAUUGGAAGAUUAAUGUGAAUAGUUACCAAAAAAGACAAGAAUAUGAUUCGUUGGUAAAGCUAGCUACACUGUUGCUCAUAUUUUUAGCCGUUUUCUUACGCUUGGAAAAAAAAAAGAGAAUACUAUCCCCAUUAAUGAACGUAAGUACCAGAUCCACGGGUUUCUAAUCAAAUAGUUUCAGGUCAAUUUCAUUUUAUGUGGCCCGCCACUAGGGUCGGAAAUUAAAAUGGGCCGCAGGUCAAUUUAUGUUGGGCAUCACUGACUUCAAACAACUCGGAUAAUGAUCAUGGACAAAAGAAAAUAAGGAAUUAAGAUUAAGGAUAGAGAAGAUGUUAUCUAAUGGAGGUCAAACCCAUGAACUCUCUAUCUUGAACUUCGGGCAUUACCUCAAGCAAAAUAGCACAUUUUAAUUUAUAUAUAGGCAGAAUCUGAUAGCCUUCAGCAUAUGCCAUUGUGCUAGAAAAAGAUUUACAAAAUAGACUGAUGAUCUACAGUGCAGGAGAAAGUUAAACAAUGACACAAUGUAGUGUAACUAUGUUGUUUAUUUUCUAUGUGCUUCUAACAUGUCUGAAAGAAAUGUCCAUUUUGUGUCCAUAGAACUUGAAUAAUCAGUCAUGUGAGACAUAUAUGUGCUCGUUUAUUGUUUACUGUGAUCUUGUUGAAAAAGGCCAAGAAAUAUGUAAUUCUAGUAGAGUUAUUUUAUUACACAUAUUUUUGUGUGAUAAAUCUACUUUGUAUCAGUUACUACUUGUACGUGCACAUAUAUAUAUAUAUAUAUAUAUAUAUAUAUGAUCACAAGUGCCAUCAUGGGCGUAGCCAGGAUUUUUUUUCGGGAGGGGUUUUUGGGGGGGGGAUACAUCCCCCCCCCCCAGGAAAAAAUUAUAUGUGUGUGUGUGUACAUAAUUAAUCUUUAUUACAUUCUGACCCUUUCGGAAGACGUUUAUUGUUUAUUGUAGACUCCCCGCCCUUGCUAGCAAGGGGGUCUGGGGGAGCUCGCAGCGCUAGGGUUCGCCCCGCCGCCGAGCACUAUUUCUGGUAUUGAAAGCCAACAAAAUGCAUAUUCUGAGGUAUCUACAGUGCAUUAUCUUGCUAUUAAAAAGUUUUAUUUCAAAAAGCUAAUGUGCUAUUCUUACUGACUUAGACCCUCUCGCGCCGUUCGGCGCAUUUUCCGGAAAGCUGUUUCCGCAACUCUUAUUUUGCGUAAUUCAUUUUGUCGGAGAACAUGUCCCGCAAAACCUCAUGCGACGCUCUGUCACAACCUUACUAAGGAUUCGACUCCAAGUUCGGCAUAUAAUUUCUUUGAUUUAGACCCGAUCUCUAUGACUGACUCCUAAAAUCUGUCUUAGCCAUCUUUGUUGAGCCACAUUUAAUGUUUUUCAAUUUCGGCAGAAGACUAUUCACACUUUUUUAAUAAAGCCCAAGCCACUGGUAGAAAUGUGUAACCUUUCUUGACUACGCUUUUGGAAUUACAUGCCUGUAUUUCGAUUUAGAUUUUAUAUCGAAAAGAAAAGUUUUUUUGUCAAAUCAUCUGUUGAGGGGUUAAACUAAAAAAUCUCUGGAGUUUUUUUUUUCCAUUUAGCUACGAUCAUAGAAUUUGGUGACUGUAGUUUGCUUUAAAAUAAUAUUGAAGAGAGAGGUUUCAACUCUAAACGCUCUGUAGGGGAAUUUUAAACUCAAAACCAUCUGGAGGGGUUUUUAACUUUAAAGAAAAAGCCAUCUGGAGGAGGGGAUUUAAACUCAAAACCCCUUUGACUACGCUCAUAGAUUUUAUAGUGUGUAAUUUGCUGCUUUUUUUUUUUUAUAUUGAAGAGGUACUUUUUAGCUUCAAACCCCAACUGGAAAAAGGGGGGGGGGGUUAAACUCAAAACCCCUUUGGCUACGCUCAUAAAAUUUUGAAUGAGUAAUUUGCUUUUUUAUAUUGAAGAGGGGUUUAUCGUAAAUUUUGGAGAGGGUUUUAAAAUCAAAAUCUUCCUUAAUUGUGCUGUUGGAAUUUUGGGAUUGCUGUUUGCAUUUUUUUUUGUGUUUUGUUUUAUAGAAGAGGGGGAUUUAACUGCAAAAACCUCUGGUAGGGGGUUUAAAACUCAAAACCCCCUGUAGGGGGUUUUAAACUCAAAGCCCCUGGUAGGGGGUUUUAAACUCAAAACCCCCCUGGUAGAGGGAUUUGUAUCUCAAAACCCCCUGAUAGGGUUUUUUAAAAUCUCAAAACCCCCUGGUUGGGGGUUUAAACUCAGAACCCCCUGGUACAGGGUUUUUAACUCAAAACCACCUCGGCUGUGCUGUGGUAAGUGAUGAUUUAGUAUUAAAAUCUCACCUAAAAUAAACAAAAUGAAAGCAAUAAUCAGUCACUUAAUUCCGUUCCCCUCCCCCCUGUGGGGGGGGGUUGAACCCCAAGAACCCCCCCCCCCAACCUGGCUACGCCCAUGAGUGCCAUUAUGCUUCUAUACAAUAAAUAAUAGCGUUCUCUUUCUUAUUGUCUUUCAUGAUAAUUUUGAUUCGUUCCUAUUGGUCAACUUAAAAAUUAGGGGUCUGUCCUCAUAAACAUUAUAUAUUAUUGGAUCCAGUUUGAACUAUUGGAAACUUUAUUUGAUCAAAGAAAAUGACUUAUGAUUGAUCACAAAACUCACAGCUAAGAAUGACCCAAUUUUCAGAAACAUAUCCAAACAGAAAUUAAGAAGAAAACAGCAAUAAGGUUUCAAGUAUAAUAUGUCAAAAUGUAUUAACGAGUCUUAUUAAUCUAAAGAGUUUAUAAUAAUUAAACAAGAAAAUAUUUUAAAUAACUUUGUUACAAACAAAGCUUGUUUCAAUUAGUUUGGAUCAGUCAUGUGAUGUUUUGUAAAAUGUUUUACUUAUUUCGGAUGUUCCUUCAGAGUUGAAGAUAAUUACUUCCUAGUCCAAACCUCCCGCAGGACGACGGGGGAUGGGAGCGGGCAGGGUUUGAACCCGGGACCAUCGAUAAGUCCGAACGACAGUCCAGCGUGCAAACCGCACGACCAGGCAGCCAUCCAGAUCAAAUUUGUAAUAGAUCUAGACUAAUAGUAAAAAAGCAUUUAUAAAAGUAAAUUUUAAAAAAAUGGAGGAAAUGAUGUGAAUUGGAACUCAUGUCUCAAGCCUUCUGCUUAUGAACAGGGAAGAUUGUACAGUUAUCUUAUCACAGUGAUGCCCAAAAUACGGCCCGGGGGCCACAUCCGGCCCGCCAAAACGUCGGCAUAAAAAGUGUAGAGAACUCCCCUCCGCCUAAACAAAAAAAAAAAAAGGUUGAAAAAUGUGUCUUUACCCUCACGAUUGGUACCAGGAAAAGGUAAACGGAUUUUUACUUUUUUUUUUUUUUUGUGAAACACGAUCAUAAGCCAACAUGAUUGUUUUAUAAAGUGUAACUGUUUAAAAACAGCAACAUAUAAACGGCAUUAUGAAACAAAUAUGGCGGCAUUCUUGAUUUGAUCUACGAAUAAAAGAUUGUUAAGCUACAGAUACUAGAUCUACGGGUUUCUCAUCAAAUAGUUUCAGGUUUAAUUUAAUUUCUUUUUUUUUUUUUUUUAACUUUUUCGUUGAUGUGGCCCGCGACACGAGUGUUGGAAAUUGAAAUGGCCCGCAGGUCGACUAAGGCUGGUCGUCACUGUCUUAUCACAAUGCUUCUAGUGAUGCCAUGUUUCUCCCUCAAAAGUUACAGUUUGCGGGCUUUUUCAGUGCAUGGAUCAAAGGCUUGCUUGGAACUUACUCCCCAUUGAUCUCAAACAGAAAACAUGCUUCAUUACAUUCAUCAGUUCAAAACUUUUUUCAGAUUAGUUUGUCAUUAUUGCUCUCAUCUUAAUGUUUCUAAUUCAAAAUAGAGCAGUGAGAUUCAUAACAAACGAAUAUUCACAUUUGACUAGAGUAACACCUUUAGUAAAAUCACUAAAUUUAGAAAGCCUUCAGGACAGAAGACUCAAAAAUAAAGUAGCAAUUAUACAUAAAACACUGAAACAUAAUCUUCAAACACAAAAACAAAAUUUAAUAAAAUACUCUGAAAGACACAAAGAUAGAGGCACAUUCCUCGUCCCAUAUGCUAGGACAAAUUUGUACAAAUACUCCUUCUUCCCUAGUGCUAUUAGAGCAUGGAAUGGAUUGCCUGAGAUAGCCAGGAAAACCAGUGACUUGGCAGAAUUUAAGUCAUUGGUUAAUAUGCAUGACGCGUAGGACGUAAUCAUCUUCUUUUUUGAAGUAACGUCUGUAUUAUAUAAGAUAAGAUUAGAAGAUCUUGUAUACGGUAGAACCAGGCAGAUAGGAAAGGAACUAAGUAGAUAAAUAAAGUGUUGCAGAUUUUUAUAAAA